UGGGUAUCCAUCUUUCGAGUCUACGCAAGUUGUGAGCAGCAGGCGCAUCUUCCUGCAAGGUGCAUCUUCACCUCCGGCGUGCGUACUAUCAUGUGGAAGCGUAGAGCAGCGGGCGCGUCUUCGGCUCCGGCGUGCAUCAUCUCCUGUGGCAGCGUACAGCAGCGGGCGCAUCUUCGGCUCCGGCAUGCGUGGUCUCCUGCGGCAGGGUUGAUCAGCGGCCGUGUCUUCUGCGGCUGUGGCAGGCGUCACGCUGUAGACGCGGAACGAUUGUCAGAGAUGGACGUUCGUGGCUGCAGGCACGGUCUACGCGAAGAAGAGAUCGACGCGGUGGCGAUGGUGGUGACUGUCGUCGUCGUCAACACAAUGAGCGACAUGUCGUCGUCCUCACGCGACAUGGUGAUGCAGCUCCGCAAACGAAGAGCGUUGUUGCAGAGCGUUGCCGAAGCGCCGGAUUGCGUGGCCACGUGUGAGGCAGUCGUCCAGUUGUGUGUCGCGCUGUCGUCUGGCGUUUUCCCGAGGCAGACCCCGCGUUGGUGGAUUAGACGACGGACUAGCGGAACAUGGGAGGACCUCCGCCUGUGUGAUGACGCGACGGACGAGUACUACCAGCAGAAGUUGCGCAUGUUGAUGGCCAUGUUCACCCAGAUCAUAGUCGAGUGCGCCGCGUACGUGGAGAAGAAGGUCACGCACUACAGGAUGCCAUUGCCAGUGGAGCAGGUGAUCGCUUUCGCGUUGUACAGGUGGGCGUCCGGAGAGACGUACGAGAGCGACACGUCAGCCUUCGGCAUCCGCAUGGCAACUGGACUGCAGGCCGUCCGCGACGUCACUUCGGCGCUGCUGCAGGCGUGCCCCGACGCGAUAAAGUGGCCAGUGGGCCGUAGACGUGCGCAGAUUCUGCGCGCUUUCCGUGAGAAGGGUUUCCCAAACUGCUUCGGCGCAAUCGACUAAACUGGCAAGUUGUUCGACGCACCUCCGGAGAAUUUGCCGCACGGUGUCGUCACGCGAGGUUACCUGCUGGGCGACAACGGUUAUCCAGUUGCCUGUCCAUGGAUCGUGCAACCGUACGGAGGAAUCGACCAAGGUCCUGACGAGGAGCGCUUCGACACGCGGCAGAAGAUGGCGCGGGGAUGUGUGGAGAGGGCAUUCGGGCGACUGAAGUGCAUGUGGCAUCUGUUCUUGCGCACCCACAAGACGAACCUGGAGACCUUGCCACAACAAUUUGUGGUCGUGUGCACUCUCCACAACAUCCUCCUCGACGCGGGGAUCGACUUCGACGAGAACCUUUUGUGGGAGGUGGAUGCAAACGGCGUUCGGCAUAGAGUGGACUUGGGCAUCGUGGGUUGGUGCGAUCGGUAGGCGGGUGGAAUUGUCACGUGGUCCCUAUCCAUGGUCGUAGUGCGCGAAGUUGCAUCCACGAUUGGAUGGCGGCAUGGUUGUCAUCGAUGAGUUCCUCUGUUGUUUUCAUCGUUUGGACAGUUGCGUGGUUCGCACAGUUGUGCGAACGUUUAAUAUUGGAAGAACCUUUUUUUUUUGUAUCUCUCAGGUUUUUUUUUUUGUUUUUUUUUUUUUGUGUGUGUGUGUGUGUGUGUGUGUUCAAAUCGUUUUGCCAUGAUUGGUUCGUGUGGUGGGAAGAUUUGUUUUAUUUAUUUACUUAUUUUUUGGAAUUUCUUCAAUGUUUUUUUUUUUGUUUUGUUUUGUUUUUGUUUUUUUUUGUCUCUCCACUUCGUUUGUCAUGAUUGGUUUUGUGUGGUGGUGUGGUGGGACGUCAAACAUGGCUGUUGAAAUCAUUGAUAAAACCUGCAUAAUGUA